AGACACAUUUUGAGUACUUUAAAUUGACUGUGCCUACUUUCCACCAUCACCUGUAACAAAUGAACUUUAUGCAUGUUUUUAUAAAGGUUGGGGAAUUAUUAUGUUUUUUUGGGUCUAAAAUAUUGCCAAUAUCACUAAUCAUAUAUAUUGCAAUAAUAGUUAUAAUAAUAAUAGCUAUUAUUAAAAUGAUUAUAAACAGUUAAUGUCCAUAUAGACAAAUUACUUGAUAGAAACACAAGAAACUAAUUCAUGUACUGAAUUUAAAAUGACCACGUAUAAGUUCUGUGUAGUUGACUAACUGCUUGUCAAUAUAAUAUUUCAUUAAACUUCAGUCAAUCCAAGACAAUAAGCGACAUUAUCAGCGAGGUGGGACCCCCAAUUGUGCCUGUGGGAAGAUGACCGAGAACUGAAGUCCGUGGAUAUCUCAUAGUGAAGAGCUCUGAUCGGUGUUCAUCCUUGUGACUGCAAUGUGCAACGUGACCAAGCGCGUCGCCAGAAACGUCAGUGCCACAGAGUGCACAUAUCAAUGGUGCAUCGCGUCCAUAUGUUUCCCCCCAUUGCCAAUGUGUUUUAAUCCAGUCUAUAGCAUGGGAGAUUUUAUCAAGGAGCGCAUACAAUCACAAAUGAAUCCACGUCUGUCACACAUCCUUUCUCUCUCCAUCUCACUCAGACGCUAAGACCUCCUGGCUUAAUCGGGCCUAAGCCGGUGAGACGCAGUAAAGCACAGAGGAAUCAGGAUUGCAUCCAGUGGGGACAUUGUCCUAAUCCCCUUCUGCCCUCUCCUUUGUAAACACUCUUCUCUCGGUCAGGGUCACUGAUGCUUCUUUCGCCUCUCACUCUCUCUCUCUCUCUCCCUCCGUCUCCCUCUUUCUCUCUCUCUCUAUCUCUCUCUCUCUCUCUUCCUCACACAAUGGGCUUCAGAACAGGCGUCGAAACAACAUAGUGCAAAAGGAGCAACAAGAGUGGAUUUGUUGUGAUGCCUGAAAGACUCGAGCCUCCCGUGGCGAGUGAGUCCUCGUGGUUCGGAGCAUGACAUGUGGUAGAGAGGCGAGGCACUGGGAGAUCAGGCCCACGUCUGCUCUGCGGUGGAUCAGACAGACCAGGGCCCAGAUGUGGCGGCGGAUCCGGGGACUUGUCCGGGCCUUCCGGCGUCGUGUUGGAUACCCAGUGACCUACAAUGACCCAGUCCCAGAGGAACAGGAGAUGGUGUGCCUUGAGCCCAUGGGAUCAGAGCGGAUGGAGAUGCGAAAGAGGCAGAUGUCGGUGCAGCAGGAGUCGGCAGCGGGGGGAGCGGCACCGGCCCAGCAGGGCCAGCCGGGCCAGGCCAACCCACGGGGCUCAAAUGCAUGUUGCUUCUGCUGGUGCUGCUGCUGUAGCUGCUCCUGGAAUGAAGACCGGGAUGAAAGGAACCGAAAGGCUUCUUAUGACGUCAAGGAGGAGACCUCAGACUGUGAAGACUGCCCGAAGCCCACGCUGGAGGAGGUGCGCACGUGGGGGCAGUCGUUUGACAAGCUAAUGUGUUGCCCGGCGGGGAGGAACGCCUUCCGGCAAUUUCUUCGCACCGAGUUCAGCGAGGAGAACAUGCUCUUCUGGUUGGCCUGCGAGGAGUUCAGCAAAGACGCCAAUAAGACUCCGGUAGAGGAGAGGGCUCGCGUCAUCUACGAGGACUACAUCUCCAUUCUCUCGCCUAAAGAGGUGAGCCUCGACUCCCGCGUGCGCGAGACCAUCAACAGGAACAUGCAGGAGCCCAACUUGCAGACGUUCGAAGACGCCCAGCUGCAGAUCUACACGCUAAUGCAAAGAGACUCAUAUCCCCGCUACAUGAACUCCGCAGCCUACAAAAACCUGCUCAACACUCUGUCAGAGCAGUCCCCCGAAUCUUAGGGUGGUGAUGACCUGUGAUAUACAAUAACUGUCUUUACCCCCCCCCCCCCACCUCCCCCCUCCCCAAUCCCCCAUCUUUAUUCCCUUUUUUUUAAAAAUAUUCUUUGUAUGUUCAGUGUAGGGGUUACAUGAACCCCGGCCUCGGGCCUGGCGUCUCCCAGGGAUUUCAGUGCUAUCGUGAUCUGCACCCGACCCGAAGACACUCAGGUCUCAAAACCCCCGAGGGCUCGACAUCACAAGUACUGCUACAGGUCAACAUAGCAAAACACUCCAAAGGAAUAUGAAUACAAUUGGUUUCUGUUUUAAUUUUUCCUUCUUUUGAUAGAAAUAAUCUAUUUUAUUUGUGUUCAGAGUUUUUUAUGGUCCGUCGUUUUUUUUGUAUGAUUGUUUGGGGGGGGAAAUGAUUCCUAUUGUAGACUAUAUAUAUACAUAUAUAUAUAUAUUUAUGAGUUUGUAAAUAGUAAAAAUGGAAUUGUGGGUAUUUUAUGUAGAAACGCCUGGUUCUAUUUACUGCGUAUGAAAAUCAAAGCUCGAGUCGAAGGCUACGCGUUAGCUCUACUUGCAGGCAGCUUUGUGGGGUACUGUAUGAUUUGACCUUGGUUUUUACCCCGUUUUGUUUUCUAACCUCACACUUCGGUACCUGUGACAGUGACUUGGCAACUCCAGUUUGUGUAAAAGAUGUGUGUGAUUGAGAGAGUGUGGCUAUCAGGGAAGUUAGAGAACGUGACGAUGGCUUUAAUCAAUUAUAAAAGGGAAUUUCUACAUUCUAUACUCAGUCUUCACCAUAGAAGAUGGGGAAGAUGUAUUUAAGAUCGAUUUUUGUAUUCAAGCUUCACUCAAUGCAACAGUGUGACAUAAGAACCCAAGUAAUUCUAUUAUAUUUAAGAGAUACACUAUUAUUUAUUGAUAUCUAUUGCCAAUCCAACAUGUUCAAAGGUAUAUUUAAGUUCUUUUUUGGAAUCAUUGACCUAAAAUGUAGAAAUGUAGGUAUAUUUUAUGGGUUUGUACUUUUCCUGAUAAUAAUUAAUAAGAAGUUUAUUUCAGAAUGUCUCUAUUUCAACCAAAUUCGUUUUUACCUCUCUAUGUUAGUUUCAAUGUAAAGCUUUAUCCAGAGGCUGGAUAGCUUAGCCUAGCUCAGCAGAAAGACUCCGUCCAAAGUUAACUGAAUAUUCCGUUUGUUUUCAUCCAAGAAAGCUGUUUUUUAAUCAAAUAAACGCUGGUAUCCACUUCAUCGAUUUUUACCAAUAACUAGAACAUUAAAACAAAUGAUGUGGUAAUCACGUGGGACAUUCUUUUGAAUGACUCUUAACAUUGCAGAAUGCUAAAUUGAAGUGUCUGAGGUUGACAUUUUUUGACCUCUCACCUUGCAGGUUUUU